AAAAAAUUGAAACAAUCAACGAAAUGGUGGACCUUGCAACGAGGGAAAUUCGUCCUUUAAUGACGAAAUACAAGAUGGAUCCUUUCCUUGCACCGAAUCAAUCGCAAUCGCUUUAUUUGGUGUCUUUGUCAAUGACCAAUGUGACUGUAUGCAAUAUGUCGACCAUCAAACGUGCAGGAGACAUUAUUGUUUUAGAUGAUGAGCCUGGCAGAAAAUUAACGAUUCAAGUGAAGCUUACAUUUGAUGAUCUUCAGUUAAUUUCGAAUUACAAAUCUUCUGCAUUUUUGAUCGCGUCCAUUGGUAAAGUGGUAGCCAAAAUCCCAGGCCUUCUCGUAGACUUUAUCAUUGAAAUAAACUUCCAGACAGUGGAGGUUCAAAUGACUUCCUUCAAGCUAAUCAACAGCAAUUCAGCAAUGCAAGUGUAUUUAUCCGGAAAUCUCGAAUCAUAUGUCAUAAAUUUAGUCUCUGGGAUAGUGGUACGUAUUGUGGAUGAUAUCAUGUUGAUGAUUGUGCAAGGCCCACUGAAGAAUCAAAUAAACAAAGUGCUGGACAUCGUCAACGAUAUGCUGCAGACAACGCUAACUUCCGUUGGAUAAAACUGUACUUUCUUGAAUACCAAUAAAUCGUAAUUUUGCAUAUCAAUGAAGUUGAUUUGCAAUUUAAAUACAUGAUAUAUACCAUUACUUAAAGUAAUGAGGUGUGUUUUACAUAGAAGUUUCAGGAAAUAUUGAUCAAACAAGUUGAUAAUUCGACGCCCUCAAAGCAUAUUAAGUAGACUAUAUCGCAAAAUGUCCGACGAAGAAUCACUUGAAGUAAAUAUUACUUCAAAUGAAACAAAACAAUUAGAAUCUCUAUUGGAACAAACUUUAAAUCAACUGUACAUCGCCCGACAAGUUGCAAUACAAGAAACAAGCCAUUUGGAUAACACAGACCGGGAAAUUAUCCAAAACGAUUACAAAACAGCAAUCACAAUAUUUGAGGAGCUCAAAAAUGAAAUUUCACAACAUUCUACCUUCAAUUCAUUAGUAAAUUUUGUUGAACAGAAAGAAGAAGGCACGCAUGAAUUGAACAGAGCAAAAUUAAAGGCAAAACAAACACAACACACCUUAAAAGUGUUAAAGAAUGAAAUUGCCGUUGAGAAAAACAAGAUUAAUGAAGAAACACAAGCUCUCAAUGUCCAACUGGGAAUGUUAAAAGAUCAAUAUCAGGAUGAAUUGUGGGAACAAGGCGUAAAGUUGAGAUAUUCCACGGAUUGGUUACAAGCGCAAAGCAAGCAGCAUGAAAUUCAACUGGAGAAAAACGCACAUGAUUUAAAAAAUCAAGUGGAUCAACUAGAGAAAACGCUUGAACAAGAGCAUCGUGUUCAUGAUGAACUCGAAGACUUUUAUUCGAUGAAGUUAGGUGAAUAUAUUCAACAACUUGUCUAUUGGGUGGAUAAAUAUGAACACGACAAGAAUGAUUAUGACCAGAGGAUUGCAACAAUCAAAAGUGAACAUGCUAAUUUGCUUGAAAGAAUGACAGCAGCCAAAGAACUCUAUGCUUCACGACAGGCGGAAAUAACCGCAUAUGAAGAAAUAAAAGAAAAACGUCGCUUGGAAGAGAUACACUUGGCACAUUUGAAUGCAAACGCCACAAAAAUACAAGCGUGGUGGAGGGGAAUGAUGGUCCGAUGUAAACUAGGCCCAUACAAAGUCAAAAAAUCAAAGGGUAAAGGAAAAAACAAAAACAAAUAGACAAAAACGCCCAUAA